GGCCGAUUCAGUGACAUGGAAUCCUCACAAAUUGAUGGGUGCUCUGUUACAGUGUUCAACGAUACACUUCAAAGAAGAUGGGCUACUCAUGAGUUGCAAUCAGAUGUCUGCUGAUUACCUGUUCAUGCAGGACAAGUUAUAUGACAUUCGGUACGACACUGGCGACAAAGUUAUUCAGUGCGGCCGUCAUAACGACAUCUUCAAGUUGUGGCUACAAUGGAGAGCUAAGGGCGAUGAAGGCUUCGAGCAGCACAUGGACAGACUGAUGGAACUUUCUGAGUACAUGGUGAAACGCAUCAAGGAACAGCCAGACAAAUUCUAUCUCAUUAUGGAACCAGAAAUGGUCAACGUGUCCUUCUGGUACAUUCCUAAGCGCCUCCGCAAAGAACCCCAUGGACCCGAGAGAGAAAGAAAACUUGGAGAGAUGUGUCCGCGAUUGAAAGCAAAAAUGAUGGAAGAAGGAACUCUAAUGACGGGUUACCAACCAGACGACAGAAGACCCAACUUCUACAGGAACAUUAUCUCUUCUGCUGCCGUAACAGAAGCGGACAUCGACUUCCUGCUCAACGAAAUGGACCGGCUUGGUCAAGACAUGUAAAUCCGCUGUUGAAAAUUAAUGUUUUCCAUGUAUAUUGUUUGGUGUUCAACCGAAGCCGUUCAUUUUGGAGAUUAUAGUUGAAGUAGAUGGAAAUAGGUUAGUUCAUCGUAACUAAAUACAUCUCUACCUCUCGAUGUGUCAACGUGACAGAAAGUUUCACUUCAAAAUGAAGAGCUUCGAAGGUUUUUUAAAGGUUACCAAAUUUUCCCUCAAUCUUGACCUAGUAUAUAGUUGAGGAACUUAAUGUAGGUUCCUUUGUUCAAAUGAGAUUAAUAUUAUUCAUUUUCCAAAAGAAGAGCAUUCGCAUUGAAGAUACAGGGCGUUCCAAAUGGACAAACAAAAAUAAUAUGCGAAAAGAACUAUAAAAAUAUACGAUUUUUAUGGUUCUUAAGCAGAAAAUUAUUUUUUUUUUGCCGGUUACUAGCUUUUUCCGUCAGUUGUAGACGGGGCAAACGAAAAUCUUGGAAAUAUGGGAGAGGGUACUUUAACAAAAGUUAUUCUAUGGCUUUCAUGAAUUUAUUUAUGGGGCAAGUAUAACAGGAAAAAUUUUCAUUUGCAGAAAAGUGACAUCUAUAUGCAAAUGUGAUGAACUCCUGAACGGCUUUUGUUAUUGCCUAAGAUGAGUUAUUCAACUUCUUAUGAAAGCUUGGUCUUUUUUGAGAAGUUGAAGUGUUCAAAACAUUUUGGAAAUGUAUCUGGGUUAGUUAAAGUAUUUAAAACGCUUUGGAAAUGAAUCUGGGUCAGGUAAAAUGUAUCUGGGUCAGUUGAAGUGUUCAUAACAUUUCGGUAAUAUAUUUGGGUCAGUUAAAGUGUUUCUGGAUCAGUUAAAUUAUCUAAAUCAUUCAUGAAAUGUAUUUGGGUCACUUGAAGUAU